AUGGCUGAGGAGAACAAGAACGUCGAGGUCCCCAAGGAGACCGUCCCUGCUGUCGCCGAGCCCGUCGCCGCCGACUCUGCAGCUCCCGCCGAGCCAGCAGUCGCUGCUGAGCCCGCCGCUGCCGCCACCGAGACCACCACCGCCGAGCCCGCCGCUGCUGAGGCUACCGAGACCCCGGCCGCCGCCGCCGAGGAGGCCAAGAAGGAGGAGGUCACCCCCAUUGAGGAGGGUAUCCUCGAGGCCAAGGGAUCCUCUUUCCCCAAGAACUUCAUCUACUCCAAGAAGUACUUCUGGUUCGGCGAUGAGGCCGUCGAGCCCAAGCACAUGAACGCCUACAUUCGCGGCGAGAAGGUCGGCGAGGUUGCUCACCACGUCGCUGCCUGGGCCUCGCACACUGGCAAGGGUCUCCUGUUCUACAACGAGAAGCCCAACGACAAGUCGACUCCCCACGGAGCCAUCCAGCUGGCCGAGGCUUCUGAGCCCACCGUCGACGGCACCCACAAGUUCCACCUGACUUCCAAGGGCCACAAGCACACCUUCAAGGCUGCCAGCGCUGCUGAGCGUGACAACUGGGUCGCCCAGAUCAAGGCCAAGAUCGCCGAGGCCAAGGAACUGGCCACUGCUGUCACCGAGUCCGAGACCUACAAGGCCACUAUCGAGAGCUUCAAGCCUGCUCCUCCCGCCAAGAAGGAGGAGAAGAAGACUGAGGAGGCCGCCAAGGAAGAGGCCCCCAAGGAGGCCGCUCCCGCUGAGGAGGCCAAGACCGAGGAGCCCGCUAAGGAGGCUGGCAAGCUCGAGGAGCCCGCCAAGGAGGAGCCCAAGCGCCGAUCUGCCAGCCGAAAGCGCGGUUCGAUUUUCGGCAGCCUGAUGGGCAAGAAGGAUGAGGAGAAGAAGGAGGUCAAGAAGGACGAGAAGCCCGCCGAGGCCGCCGCCGCAACCGAGACCCCGGCCGCCGAGACGUCUGCCCCUGCUGCCGAGACCGUCGCUGCGACUGAGGCUGCCCCCGCCACCGAUGCCCCUGCUGCUGAGGCCGAGGCACCUGUUGAGGCUGCUGCCACCGAGGCCAAGGCCCCUGAGACCAAGCCUGCCCCCGCCAAGCGGGCUUCGAUCUUUGGCAACCUGAACUUCGGCCGGAAGAAGGCCGAGGCCGAGUCUGCACCCGCUCCUCCUGCCAAGGACGCCCCGGCUGAGGGCGCCGCUGUCUCGCAGAACGCCCCCGUGAUCCCGGCCGUUGAGACCACCGAGCCUCUCUCGGCCGAGGUUGCCUCCCCUGCCAACGUCCCUACCGAGACUGUUGACGCCACCCCUGCCACCAACGGCGAGACCAAGAAGGAGAUGAAGAGCGACAAGCGCAAGUCUUCGCUCCCCUUCGGCUUCGGUGCCAAGAAGGAGAAGUCUGCCUCGUCUGACGAGGAGGGCGACAAGCCCAAGUCCCCCUUCUCCAAGUUCCGUGCCACCAUCAAGGGCAAGGGCAAGGCUGAGAAGCCUGCCGAGAAGACCGAGGAGAAGCCCGCCGAGGCUGAGGCUUCCAAGGAGGCCGAGCCUGCUGCUGCCGCCGAGGCCGAGGCCGCCAAGCCCGUCGAGCCCGAGACGGCUGCUCCCGCCACCACCGAGGAGACCCCUGCCGCCGACAAGCCUCUGGCUGCCACUCCUCAGGUUGCCGCUACCGCAUAG